AUGGACAGACUGACCCACCUAAAUGAGUACACUAAAUUUUUCCAAUUUGGUACAGAUGAAAGGCGACGAGAAGAGAAGCUCAGUGGGAAGAAGCACAGUGGAAAGAAGUACAGUGGAAAGAAGCACGAUGCAGAGUGCUCCGAGAAGGAAAGGCAUUAUUCAAAGGUGAAAGGAAAAAAUGCCUUCAUAUCGCCAUCAAACAAUGUGGAGGAGAGAGGCGCGUCCAGAAAGUUACACCCCUGCAGGGAGAGCCAAAAUGAAUACCAGGCACAGAGAGUACGGAAAGCAAGUGAAUAUCAGACACAGAGAGUAGGGAAAGCAAGUGAAUACCACCAGUGCGGGAGUGAAGCACAUUCCUCCAGCUUGAGCUUAACGCCAAAGGGUAACAAAACUCUGAAUCACCCGCAUUAUGAAAUGAAGAGGAGGGAUACCAGAAAGACCCUAAACUGUUGUCUCGAACAAGUUAGUAUAUGCAAAAGGUGCUACAUGAAGGAGUUGCACGAAAGGAAGAGAAGGACUGCAGUUUAUACGUUAGAGUUUAAUAACUUGGUCGACUGUGAACCUGUCAGUGGACGUAACUUAGUGAAGAGGAAUGCCACCCUUGCGCAUGGCUUGAAACACAAGAGUAAGUAUCGUCAGGAGCGCUCUGCUGGGGAGGGAAACAAACGAGUAAUGAUUGUGGAGAAGCUGCCGGAACAAAUCCAGCAGAAGAAAAAUUUGUUCCAAUUUUUGAACUCCAUUUUUAGCCGUAGCCGCAUGGUCGGGGUGAGAGCUAGGGUUGUGGCUAAGGUUAUGGCUAUGGUUAUGGCUAUGGUUAUCGCUAUCGUUAUGGUUAUGGUUAUCGUUAUGGCUAUGGUUAUGGAUGUGACUAUGGCGAGG